UGUAUUAUCGGUGAUACAAAGCGUGCGCGGCAGAAUUUGUUCCAUCAAUUAUUAUAAGUUUUUUCAAAUAUUUCAAUAUCUAUUAAUAAUGGUUGAAGAAAGAAAUGGUUCGCAGCUGCUCACUGAUGCUGAGGCUGAACUUUACGACAGACAGAUUCGUCUAUGGGGAUUGGAAUCUCAAAAAAGACUACGUUUGGCCAAGGUUCUUCUGAUUGGACUGAAUGGAUUCGGUGCUGAAGUGGCGAAGAAUAUUAUUCUUGCUGGGAUUAAGUCGAUCAAAUUCCUGGAUCACAGAGAUUUGACUCCAGAGGAUUUCUGCUCACAGUUCUUUGCUGAUAGAAAAGAUAUUGGGAAGAAUCGAGCACAAGCUUCAGUAGAGCGUUCCCAAAACCUCAACUCGAUGGUUGAAGUAACGGCUGAUGAUUCAAACAUUGACACCAAGCCAGAUACCUUCUUCAGGGACUUCGAUGUUGUCUGUGCUUCCGAGUGCACUAUUACUCAGUUGAAGAGAAUCAAUGCAGCUUGCAGAAAAUACAACAUCAAAUUCUUUGCUGGUGAUGUUUGGGGGAUGUUUGGGUACACGUUCGAGGAUCUCUUAACACAUGAAUAUGCCAUGGAUGUAGUUCAAAAUAAGAAAAAAACAGGCCUUGGGGGAGACUCUAAAGAUAAUCAAAGUGUCGAAGGGAUAGUGAACACCAUCAAGAAAACAGAGAACUUUGUACCCUUCGAGAAAAUCCUUACUGCAAAGACAUUACCAAAAAAUUCCGAAAUUUAUCAUUUGUUUCAGGUUAUGAUGAACUAUCGAGAGAAAUAUGGCAAGGAUCCAACCCCAAGUGAACGUGCGUCCGAACUUCCCGCGUUGGUUCAAGAGGCUGAGGCUAUCAUCAAAGAGUACACCUUGGGAGAGAAAAUUAAUUAUGUCGUUGAGGGGGAUCUUUAUGGUCAAGUAAGUCCAGUCUGUGCCAUUCUGGGAGGUGUGAUGGGACAAGAGAUAAUAAAGGCAGUAUCUCAGAGAGAGCCACCGCUGCACAACCUCUUCCUUUUUGACCCUGUGACAAUGUGUGGAAAAGUCAUUCGAGUAGGUCAUUGAACGCCCACCAUCUGUAUCGUAACAUAAUCUUGACAACAAGGUUUGAUUCACAAACAUUCAUUCCCAUGCUCAUUUUCAAAUAUAUUUUUCACUUGAAAUAUCUUCUCCAUUUGCAAUGAUUUUUUUUUCAUUAUCAAAUGUUUAUGUUUUUUCAUAUUCUUGCUAUUAUUUUUAUAAACUUUUCAAAUAUACUUUCACUGGGAACCAAUAACAAUUCGCGGACUGUGAUCGAUUUGGAAUAAUGGGGCAGGUAGCUCCUUCCAUUCCGUAAAGAAAGUUGUGUGCCAGAGAGAGAUAACUUUACUGAUCAUAAGCAGUACACCGGAAAAAAAAUGUACCUUUGCCAAAUAAAUAUACGAACAUUAAGAAAAUUGAUA